UACAUAUUUAUACUCAAGAGGUAGGUCUCUAUCAUUGAUACUGUUUUAAAGGAAGUUCAAUUCUCUCUUCCAGUCAGUGCCCGCAGCCAAUUCACACCUUACCUCCAGAAGAUGUAGUAUCGCACCUUCGACAAAAAUCCUGUUCUCUCUGCCUCUCCGGCAGCAGCCUGGGAAAAGUAUAUUUUAUUUACCUGUUGCUGCGGGCUUAAAUAUCUUGGCUGGGUUGGGCUGGUAAAGGUUUUCUUUUUUUUUUUUUCGCCGCAGUUGAAUAAUUAUUUCCCGGAGCUGCCCAUCGGGGUUUUUUUUGGCGAUUUUUUUUAUAUAUUUUUCUUAAUUGAACCAUUCAUCCAACUACCCAGUCUUAUGCUAGGCCCAGUGUCAUGAUCUUCCCGCAGCCCCGGGGCUGCAGGAGCCGAGUCCGACUGGCCCAUUUGCGCCCCGUGGUGUCUUCUCCUAUGGCGCUGCAUCGGCAACCUCCACGGCGCAUGCAGGUGGCCCAGAUCUCUCCUCCGCCGUCUGCUACACCAAGACAUCUCGUAAGAUCGUUAACGCAACGUGUCUUUCAUUACCCCAACCCCACCGCACAACCCCUGUCCCCUGCCCACUACUGUCACCACGGCCGCAAGACGGGAACCGUUACGAGUUUACCCCCGACCCGCCGUUCCACCCCUCCCCGUCCCCCUACCAGUCCCCUCCUCCCUCAAUCCUCCUCGUGUCUCCUCGCACCAAUGACGGCUUCGCAGACCAGAUCUCACAGCGGGCACAGUCAUGGCCACCACCAUCACCACGACAAUACAUACUUGGUAUCCAAGAAUAAAAAUGACCCAGGCGUGCGGAUCACGCGAAUCGGCCUCCUUUCCAACUUGGCCAUGGCAAUUGGAAAGGGGUUUGGGGGAUACGUCUUCAACUCCUCUGCGUUAAUAGCAGAUGCCUACCAUGCCGCUACAGACCUGGUCUCGGACUUCAUGACUCUUGCCACAGUGUCACUGUCACUUAAGCCGCCAUCAUCACGGUUUCCGUUUGGUUACGGGAAGGUGGAGAGUCUUGGUGCUUUGGGCGUGAGCGGUUUACUUUUAUGCGGAGGAUUUUUGAUGGGCUUAAACGCGAUGGAGGUUCUGCUUACGCAGUUUUUUCCUGCCGUUGCGGAUUGCUUCGCACACCUGGGGUUACUGGGCCACGGACAUUCUCACGGUCACAGCCAUGAUCAUGAGUUACUGGGUCCGAAUAUAAACGCGGCCUGGCUUGCGGCGGGCUCCAUUUUGGUAAAGGAAUCGUUGUAUCAUGCAACGAUGAAAGUAGCACGCCAGCGAAAAUCGUCCGUCCUAGCAUCAAAUGCCAUUCACCAUCGCGUCGAUUCGCUAACAAGCUUCGUCGCCCUCCUCACAAUCGGCGGUGCCCAUAUCCUCCCCGACGCCUCUUGGCUCGAUCCAGUGGGCGGCCUUAUUAUUUCUCUCAUGGUCAUUCGAGCCGGGUGGGUAAAUACCAAGAUCUCCUUACUGGAGUUGGCGGACGUCAGCGUCGACUCUGAAAUUAGCGCGUCUGUCGAGAAAUCGGUUAGGAAGGCCAUUUCCGCGCUGCCAGAUGGUACUGGGAGCGAGAUACAGAUCCGCGAAGUGCAAGGAAUCAAAUCGGGUCAGAAUAAUCUGAUGGAGGUCGAGCUGGCCGUGCCCAGCUCGUGGUCUGUUGGUCAGACACGAGUAGUUGAAGAGGCUAUUCGGCAGCGGGUUGCUUCGCGGGUUCGAGGGGUGAAACGGUUAAAGGUUCGGUUCACGCCUAAUACUGAGCGGGAUGCGAGCUUCUUGGAGGAGUUUAUUGCGCGGGAUGUUAGCCCGCGCAGCAGUCCGGAACCGGAAGUAGAAGAAGCCAAUGGGACUGCUCAUCAUGAUAAAUUUGCGGCUGUGAGUUCGGGAUCACAAGCUGAGAAUGAAGGGACCGUGAAUAAGAGACGCUAGACCCAUUCUAUAUGCAUAUUUUCGCGAAACACAACACCUACUUGUCGCUGUUUUUUCGUUCUUGGUUGUCUCUGGACGUUGAUGUGAAGCUGUUUGAAACGAGGAAAAAGCCGUGUCAAGUUCAGGCCAGGACGGGGUUGCAUGCUUAUACAGAGCGCCCAAUCCGGCUUCUACUUUGACAAAAUUUCACUUCUCGCUUGUCCCGCUGGGCUGGUUCUAGUGGAAAGGCUACAUAACAGUUUUCGAAACUAUCUAUACACAAUAUUUGGAGCGGUGUCGAGCGAUUUCUUUGACAGCGGCUACCAAAAACAGGAAGACACCAGUAAGACGAAGACGAAGACGAAGAAGAAGGGAAGAAGUUCAACAUGAUCUACUGGCGUUGGAAGACGGUGGUCAUAUUUUUUUUAGGUCUUUUCUCCAUAGUAUUUACUCUGCGGAUAGUUUAUCUUGGGCUGCUUUGGUGCCUGUUUCCCCCUUUCUGUCUCAGUUGUUGUUCUCCGUGAUCGAUUUAUUUUCACACCUCCCGGGCUCGAUAGACAUUUAAAACCCCAUGUACCACCUAUUAUUUUAAGAGAAUUUAAUUUCGGAAUUUGGGUUUUGGCCCCUGGGUUUGCAAUGGGGCAAUGUGAGAGUGCAUUGUAACUAGACGAGGCCACCUAGAUUAUAUCUAUGUAUCUACGACUUGUAGACGGUACAAAUUAACAGAGCUUGACUUUCCGCUUGCUAGAUCUAGUCCUAGGACACAUAUCUAGCCGUGUCUUUUCUGCAUAGCUAACCAAACCACAAAGUAGAAUUGGGUGUAUACGUACUCUGUAGUACUAGUAAUACUAGCAUUCAUCGUCGCGGAAUUUAGGGGAGGCAGUUAAUAAUGGUUCACAUCGAUGCAACACAACAGACUAGAGAUUAGUGCUCAUGGCGAAUUUACGUUCAGCGCGACCAAAACGGAUCUACACUGUAUAUUGACAUCAGGAGGC